AUGACUUCCUCUAUGCUGGCCAGUGAGCUCGGCAACUUGAUAUCGGAAUCGAAGAGGAAGAAUGCCGAACUACGCGCUGCGGCAGAGAAGUCUUUGCAGGAACUCUCGUCUAUCACCGUCACUUCGGAGCAACAACUAGCGGCCGCAUUCAACAACUGUGCUGACCUGGGCCUGGACGUGCAGUUGAAGAUUCUACAGGCACUGCCGACCCUGCUCCAAAACUAUACCAACGAAUUGGUUGGGCAUCUCUUGGGUGGCGCCCUCCAGCUAUGUGCUUCCUUGCAAGCCGCCAGAGAGUACACCGUGAGUGGCGUCGCUGCAGCCACCUUGCAACAACUCGUGACAAGCGUGUUUGGGAAAGUCUGGAACGAAGACAAAGCUCCGAGUGUCGACGCUCCGACAGCGGAAGUUCCCGGUGACGAUGGGCCUCUUCAACUCCAACCUGCUGCUUUCGAUGCAUAUCGUGUGUUUCGCGACCUAGCAUUGGCUGCAGAUGGUCGGCAAACCAAAUUUGUCGAAUUCUCCGCCUUGCCACCUGAAUCCAGCUUGGAGCUGAUAUGGUCUUCCGUUAAUUCGAAUCCGGAAUUGUUCAAUGAGCAUGAGGAAUUGCUCUCGAUCAUCGGCGCAAACGUGUUUCCCUUGAUAAUCAGAGCCCUUUCGGAGAGAUUGCCCUUCUCAGUGACUGUGCGAUUGUUUCGGAUUUUUGACCUUAUUCUCGACAGAUAUAUGGCCAGGUUCGCAGGAGACUGUGAGGUUGCAUUAAAUCUGGGCACGCAACUACUGGAGACAGAUUCUUCCCCUGGAUGGAAGCGAGCUCUUAUUCUCGAGGUUUUGAAAGACUUCUUUGAUGACAGCAACCAUGUGAUCGACGCCUAUACGGCCUUCGAUUCAAGGGAGGGAGGCAAGCCCAUCGUUCAAGAUGUACUCUCUGCUUUCGUACGUUUGUCGACCGAAAAGCCGACGGCUAUUGGCCUUGGUCAACAGUCAACGAUUCCCACAGGACCGAGUUCACCUGGCCAGAGUGCGACAGACCAAGCGACUCUCGAAGCUGCCGGGGGAAUGGCUGGUGUCAUCAGCUCAGCACUGGGCGUGGCAGAAAGCAGCGUAGCUGGAGUCAGCUCGCAAUGGAGUCUACCAAAAUCGCCAUGCAUGGAGCAGCUCGACAAAAGCGAGGCUCCUGCGCUGCCGGAAACGUACCCAUACGCACUGCUUCUGGAAUGUUUGAAUGGGCUCUCGGACAGCCUUGCAAGGGUCAUCCUUCCAUUGACAGUGCAGCAUGAGCGCACUCGAAGCAGGAAAGGCAGUUCUGCUGCCGAGUCACAAGGUGAUCAGCCAACCCGCAACAGGUCAACCUCUUUCCGCACUCGAGCCGUUCCAAGUAACCCUCUCGAGGCGAAGGAUGCACCUUAUGCUGGCAAAGUACGAGCAGUGGCUGGCAUUGUCGACAGCUGCUGGCCAGCUGUGCUCGCCACUUGUUCCACGUUUCUGAACGCCGCCCUCGAUGAUCAUUACUUCCGGAAUCUCAUCAAGGCAUAUCAGCGCUUUGCUCAGGUCGCUGGACUCUUGCGUCUUACUACACCUAGAGACGCAUUGAUGACGACUCUGGCAAAGGCCGCUGUCCCUCCACACGUCUUGAAUGCGGCAUCUUUGUCAAGUGGGCCAGAGUCUGCCAAAUCUCCGAUCACUGAGAGUCCAAGAACAUUCUCUAAUCCAAGAGGUCUUCUAAGUGUCGACAGUCUCGUAUCACAGGCGUCUUCGCUAUCUCUGGAGACAUCUCGACGCCCUGUGGAGCUGACUGUUCUGAUAAUACCAGCAAGCGCCGACAUGGUGAGUAGUGCAACCACACCACAACAACUCUCACGUCCAAGCUCAUUCACGGCGAGAAACACAAAUACAGAACCGCCCUCUGUCGUCCAGGCAUUUAGCGCUGAGGUCGCCGCUGUCGAGGCAGCUGCAUCGCGCCUGUUGGAGAGCACUGCAGACUAUCCCAAUGAUGCGUUUGUGAACGUACUGCAAACAUUCUGCCAAUUGCUGAAGGGCAAGACGGAAAGCCUCAGCUCCCCAAUAGCUCCACCUUCGCCGCAUCCGAGUGCACCAUCUUCACCCCCACGAACGCCAGUUGCGAAUCGAAGAACGUUCUCCGGCCUGCCUGGUAUCAGUACGAUUGCAGAAAUGCAGCUGAGAGACUAUCACUUUGUGAUACCCAAGCUAGGCAAUCUUGCUGAGCUUAACGUCCCUCGCUUCACCAGCGAUGAUGCCGAUGCCAGCGGCUGGAAUGUCUUGGUAGACCAACUCAUAUCGAUCGCCACUUCGUCAGACGCGCCCAAAGAAGCUCGUGGGACUGCAACGAAUGUUCUUGUCAAAUUAGCAGAAGCGACGAUUGUCGAUGUGACUCAACAGGAUCCAGAAGACCGAGCUUCUAUGCAGCAUCGCGCAGUCGCCAUCUUGUUGCGUCUCUUGGAGCUGAUCUAUGCUGGAGAGCAAGAUAUCUCGUCCAGUGACUUGGAAGUCCAAGCCCAAGUGUUGGGCGCACUUCAGACAAUUCUAGAGCGGUGUGGUGACUCGCUGGUGGCUGGUUGGGACAGCAUUUUGGGCAUCCUAGCCAGCGCCUUCGAGCAUGACGGUCCGAUCUGUCAGGAUGUCGACCAUGGCAAAGUGCACAUUCAAUGGGAUGUCGUUCAGUUCGACGUGGUAUCCCCUAACAUCGGACGAAUGUCAUUCACGGCUCUCCAGCUCUUGUGUUCCGAUUUCCUAGAGUCUGUGCCGCCAAGCGCCGUGGAGAGUCUGGUCGAGCUCCUCCAUCGCUUCAUGUGCCAGGACGAAGACCUCAAUGCAGCACUGACCGCCAUCACUAUGACGUGGAACGUUGCAAACUACCUUUUCGGGAAGUUCUCCAAAGAAGAGCUAGCAGAUUUCUGCCAGGAGGCAAGGGAGUUUGAAGACCUCACCGAGGAGUUGAAACCUAUGCUUCGGCAUUCGAAGCCCGCGCUCUGGCUACUUGUACUCCUGCGUCUGCGCGACGUUGCCAGCAGACCAUCGAGAGAGCUUCGCAACGCGGCUUUUCAAACGAUCUGCAAUGUCUUCAAAAGCCAUGGUGAAGACUUGCCAGCCGAGGCAUGGGACCUUCUUUUACGAUGCACACUCAUUCAUGUGUCCCGCAUCGACUCGUUGCUCCAUCUCGAGACCGAUCACAGCAAUGGGAAUUCCAAUGCUGAGCGCGUCACGCCAGAUAUCGAGUUGUCGAAGAACAUCAUCACGGGCAAUACAUCAAUCAUCGCCCAGCAUAUCCGGCUGAUUGAGCAGGUGGCAAAACUACCGAGUCUCUGGGAAAUGAUUCUCAGCAUGUUGGAACGAUAUCUAGAUGUCGAGAAUCAAUUCUUGACUGCCACCGUCUGGUCGUCGCUUGCCAAAGUGCUACAGGGAAUCAGUGCGGACAAUAGCUUCUGGAGAGGUCCGAUCUACCGCGCUGCAUCGCUUUGGUCAAAGCGAGUGCCGCACUUCUCAAGCAGUGCCGGUACACGAAAAGACAGCAACCAGGAUGCCUUGACUGCAUAUGUAGAGGCAGGCGAGGAGAUCUAUCGCCUCACCAAGGACGCUAUGAGCUUAUCGCAAACCAGAUCAAUGAUCGAUAACCUGUACACCUGCGUAAAGGAGUCAGAUGGGCCACUCUAUGGCGCAGACCUCAACAACGCCUCGCCCAUUCAGAGCAAGACGCUCCAUCUCUUCAGGAAGAUGCAGUCCGAGGUGCCAAGCGCCAUUCCGUGCCUCGUGACAGUCGCCUCAAAGAUGAGUCAACUGCACCAUGACAUGACUGAUGGCACGAAAUCUACGCAAGGUCCCACAUUCGUAGCGGUUUCUAGUGACGCCAUAGCCUGGCUCCGUGAUCUCCUUUGUUCCAAUACCGAGGAAUCGUCAGAAGGGCUCCUCCAGUCCUUGCAAGGCCUUCGCCGGAUCAUCCAGGCGAAGUAUGCUUACAAGCUCGAGCAUAAACAAGAAUCACUUUGGCGCAAAGCCACGACCACAGCGCUCGCCCUGGUAGAGCUGACACUGCGCAUCGAGUCAAGAUUGGAGGCUUCAACAUUGGAGCUUUGGAGGGAGCUGAUUGGCAUAGCUUCCGGCACAAUCAACGCACACGGGCUUGCUACAAUGAUCGACGCCCAUCAGAAGGUUUACGAUGACCAGCUGUUUGACAUUGAAAGCUUCGAAGCUCUUCGAAAGAUGCUCACACCAUGCCUUCAAGGUCCUGAUCUGCCUACUGAGGUGCGUCUAUCAUACGUGCGAGCCCUGUUUGAGGCUUCCAUCGUCCACCAACCAGAAAGUGGCGAGUUGCCAUACCCCGCUGCACCUUUGAAAGAUCUUGGCCAGAUACGUCGAGGAAGAGUGAAGAAGGUGCCGUGUUCUCAGCGAGAGGACAUGGCGUAUGUCUGCUGGAAAGAAUUGAUUGCGCUUGCAAGCAGAGCGCCAGAAAACAAAAAUCCUCUUGCAGAAGCUGCGACGCCAUGGCUGCUGCUUCGGCUCGCCAUUCCGAUACGAGCUUAUAUUGCUGAUCAACCAUUGAGGGGACGACGGCCACAGCCUCUGUCGGAGCUGGAGGAGCUUCUAUUCGCUUUUGAGACUAUUAAAGACCUUGGGCUGCAGUCGGACCCCCGAGUUUCGAAUGAUGUUGCUUCUGGGGAGAAGGCUUUUAUGGUAUAUGCUUCGCCGUCAAACGCAACAGCACUCAUCGCCAGCCACUCCGCUCCCGCAGCUUUAAGGGCGGCAAGAAAUAGUCUCUGCGCAAAUGCCGGAUAA